CCUUUCUUUUAUGUUGUUAGAAAUCUGCACUAAGUAGUACCGAUUGUUUUAAUUAUGUUUUGAAAUUAGUAUGUUUAAUUCUUCAAAAUAAAUUCGUUAAUUUUACAAUGUAACACUUUUUACAUGUACUUUCUAUCGUUUAUUUCAAGGAACAGUUUUUAUUGCGGUGCUACAAGGUUAUAGGUAAUUUGAAAGUGAUAAAAGCAUUCUUGCAUGAAUAUUACGGUGUACAUGGGUAAUUCUUUUUAUAAAUAAUUUUAAGAAGUCCCAAAAUACAUUUCAAACAGCAAUGGCGAGUUCGUCAAGUCUAGUUUUACGUAUUAUUGCUUCUUCUGUAACUGCUGCUAAUCGUGCCGGAAAAAUAAUUCGUGAUAUAUUAACAGCAGGUGAUCUAGGAAUUGUUGAGAAGGGUAAAAAUGAUCUCCAAACUGAAGCAGAUCGAGCAGCUCAAAGAUGCAUUGUUGCUUCCCUUUCAAGACAGUAUCCUAACUUAAAUAUUAUUGGAGAGGAAGAACAAACUAGUAAUGUAGAGGUUCCUAGUGAUUGGGUUGUAACAGAUUGUGAACAGUCAGUACUCCUAAAUGAAUGCCCCCCAGAAUACCAACAGAUACCUGAAGAAGACAUAGUGGUUUGGGUUGAUCCAUUAGAUGGAACAUCUGAAUUUACACAGGGUCUUCUUGAACAUGUGACAGUUCUUAUAGGAGUUGCUGUGAAGGGUAAAGCUAUUGGUGGUGUUAUUCAUCAGCCAUACUAUAAUUACAAAAGUAAUUCAAAUAGUUUUGGACGUACUAUUUGGGGUUUAAUUGGGCUAGGAGUAGAGGGUCUUGUACUACAAGCAGCUCCUCUUGGAACAUUCAUUGUUACCACCACACGAUCUCAUUCUAACACAUUAGUGACAUCAGCACUAGAUGCUUUGCAUCCUGAUGAAGUUUUAAGAGUUGGGGGGGCUGGCUAUAAAGUUUUGUUGCUGAUUGAGGGUAAAGCCCAUGCAUAUGUAUUUGCAAGUGCAGGUUGCAAAAAAUGGGAUACAUGUGCUCCAGAAGCAAUUUUAAAUGCCAUUGGGGGAAAAUUGACAAAUCUAAGUGGAGUUCCUUAUUCAUAUGACAAGGAUGUUCAAUUUCCUAAUUCUGGAGGUGUUUUGGCCACAGCUAAAGGGAUUGAUCAUGAUGACAUAAUUAGCAAGAUUCCUCAGAACAUUAAAGAAGCUUUAAAAUAAGCUUUUCAAAUGUCCUGUAUACAGCAACUUCUUCAGGAAACAUGUUUUAUCAGUGUCAUUGAUGCUUACAAAUAAUAUUGUAUAGCUUUUGCUAUCUGGGUGCAGUUGAAGGAAAUCUUGCAGAAUAUCAGAAAUGUUUUAAAUUUCCCAAUUAAAAUUUUACUUCAUCCUAUACAGUAAUUUUAAUAUGGAGAAAUUCUACAUCAAAAACCGUUGUGAUUGAAUGUCUUUCAUACAUGUUAUACUUACUGUUAAUCUUUUGCAUAUAUACAGCAAAAGAAACAUUAGAUAUUGUGAAACUAAAAGGUACACAAAGUACAGGGUGAUAAAGAUAUUGUUACCCCUUUUGAUUGCUCAUCAAAAGUGGUAGCACUAAUUUUUAAUUUUAAAGGUUUUUUUUAAUUUUGGCAAAUAACAUUUUUCUGAAAAAUUCGGGUUAAUAUAAUCCAAAAUUAUCUAACUGCAUAUUUAAUUUAGUAUGGACAAAGCGUAAUGAGACUUGUUCUUUUUUUCUUAAUUCAUAAGUCUAAACACCUCUAAUACUUCCUAUCCUGAGCCAAUCUUCUCAUUUAAUCAAUAUAUUUUACUGACAUUAAGUUAAAUAAUUGUCCAUUACGCCUGUUUGCCUAUAAUUAAUCAUUUUGGUUGCUUUUUCAAUUUUUCCAUUUUCUAUACUUAUUAAAUGUGUUUUAAUACAUAAAACUUCCUAUGCAUUGCAUUUAUAAAAAACAAACAAAACAUUACAUUUCCAGUAUUUCUUCCAUGAUACUUAAAAAGUCGAAACGCACAAAUUAGUAAGUAAGUAGACAUUGCCAAUUUUUCGUGUAAUUUUGAUGUAAAAGCUAAGGAUAUGUGAAAGAAAUUAAAAAAAUUAUUUUGACACACAUUAUUAAUUUGUAUUUAACUUUUGAGACGGUUUAGAGUAGUAUAAUUCAUUUUUAAAAUUUUAU